AGCCCGGGCCCCGCAUUUCCUUUUUCUUCACAACCAAACCCCAAACCGCACUCCCGUCACUAUCACAAAUCGUCACAAGCAUGAAUGGCUUCCAAAGUGCUGAUAUUCACCGGAGCGCCAGAGAGCCGGGCGCUUGACUGGAACACCCCAGAUCUACUUGUCGCAUUUGAUGAGCCCAUUGCCAGCUUCCUAGGCAUCCAAACAGUGCAUCGCCCGGGCCCGGAACAGAACAUCAUCCCGGCCUCCGCUCCGACCCCCGCCGCAUGGAGAUCCCUUACCCUCGAAAGAGAACGUAUCACGACCGGCUACACACAACAAUAUGACUCCAGCUUCCGCUUCAACCCAGCUCAUGGCCCUGAAGCAAUCCAUCAGCCCGAUGACUUUCUCACUAUCGCAUCCAUAUCGCCAUCAUUUGACGAAUCAUCUGUCGUCCAUGGCGACUUGGAGUCCGAGUUCUACGAGCACUCCCUUGCACUGCAUCAACAUGUCCGAUCCUCAUACCUGGACGCUAACUUGCUUAGAGAAUCAGAGUCGCAACACUCCAUCACGUCGGUAAUGAGCGAGGAGGACCUGGAUACGGCUUCGUUCUUGGAGACCACAACUCAUGCAAUGCAUGGAGACGAAAACGUCAAAGAGCCCUUGACAUUCCGUGGUGGUGACCGCCUCACUGACCUCAAGGAUAUCCCAUCGGCCGCUUACCUCGUCAAAGCACAACCCCAGACCAUCACCUGCAACCUGAUCGUCGGCAUCAUUUCCAUCUCUCCGCCACGAUCGGUUAGCACUCGCUGGGGUUCAGACCGCGCUCUGGUCGAGGUGUUGGUGGGUGACGAGACCAAAGCUGGCUUCGCCAUUACGUUCUGGCUACCCCCUGGCUGCGAGACCGUACAGGGAAGCAUGCUUGAAGGACUGCGGCAUAGGGAUGUGGUCCUCGUUCAAAACGUCGCUUUGAACGUCUUCACCAAAAAGGUCUACGGCUCCAGUUUGCGCAAGGGUCUGACCAAAGUCCACCUGCUUUUCCGAGCAAGGCUCGACGCAACAGACGUCGGCGGUCAUUAUGCCCCUUCGGACUUGACCGUGACAAGAACCACGCAUCCUCAGCUGGACAAGACGCGGAGAGUGUGGGAUUGGGUGCUACGGUUCGUCGGUCCUGGACCUAUCACCGCCGCCGCUCCUGCGUCCGCCAGGAGAAGAAGCCCUAGGAAGAGCAAGAACAACAAAUAUGCCUUACCCUCAGCUGCUCGACCGUGGGAUAUGCCACCCCCUGAUACUCAGUAGCACACCAGGAACGCGUGGGUGCUUCAUACAAUUUAUAGAAACACGGAGAUGAAGGCCUCGUAUUCUUACUCGGGAUCGGGGCUGAGCUUUUGGCUCGGAACGGGCCGGCCUCGGGUUCGGUACCAUUCCGGGCACCGAGGGCAGGGCUUGGCGGAGAAAUUCAAUGUCCUUGGAUUUUCAGCGGUGGAGGCUCACUUCGCUACUAAGCCUACAGUUAAUAAGUCACGGUGUGGCUGCUCACGGUCCCAGGGCGCUCCAACAGCUGCGCCCAUCUUGACGCGCAAUCAAAGUGA